CAUUUCCGCGCGCUUUGAUAGGCGACCUUCCUGUACCCUCGUUUCGAAAUCUUCCUUCAUUGCACUUGCAUGAUGUCAAUCUGAUGCACAACACCCUCCCCCGAGAUACCAAAUAAGCCGCGUAGUGAGUGAAGCUCGCACUAGCCCGGACGGCUCUAGCUUCGCGCUGCUGUGUGUGUUACGCGCGAGCAGGAGAGAGAUGACAAGAGCUUCGCGAGGCUGGACAUUCAAACAUGGAGCUUUUUAAAACGCAAAUUUCGGUACUUUGGAUAUUAUUGCUGAAUGGAAACAAGGGCUGUCACGCUGAAGAAGUGGUCCUGCUGAACUCUAAAGAAACUCAGGCAGAGCUCGGUUGGACGUCGUACCCCUCCAAUGGCUGGGAGGAGAUCAGUGGCGUGGAUGAGAAGUACAAGCCCAUCAGGACCUACCAGGUGUGUAACGUGAUGGAGCCGGCGCUGCAGAACAACUGGCUGCAGACGGGCUGGGUGGCGCGGCGCGGCGGCCAGCGCAUCUUCGUGGAGCUGCAGUUCACGCUGCGCGACUGCAACAGCAUCCCGGGCGUGGCGGGCACCUGCAAGGAGACCUUCAACCUGCUCUACGUGGAGUCGGACAAAGACCUGGGCCGGGUGACCCGCGAGGAACGCUACACCAAGAUUGACACCAUCGCCGCCGACGAGAGCUUCACGCAGGGCGACCUGGGCGAGAGGAAGAUGAAGCUCAACACGGAGGUGCGGGAGAUCGGACACCUGAACCGGAAAGGGUUCCACUUGGCGUUCCAGGAUGUGGGGGCGUGCGUGGCCUUGGUGGCGGUGCGGGUGUACUACAAGCGCUGCCUGGCCACGGUGCAGAACCUGGCUGUGUUUUCUGAUACGGUUGCGGAAGCAGCGUUCGCCACACUCGUGGAAGUCAGGGGAGCCUGUGUCAACAACUCUGAGGUGGACUCGGACAGCCCUCCCAGGAUGCACUGCAGCGCCGAGGGGGAGUGGCUGGUGCCCAUCGGGAAGUGCAGCUGUUCAGCGGGUUACGAGGAGGGUCACAGCAGCUGUGAAGCGUGUCCCCCUGGCUCGUAUAAGAUGUCAUCCAGACAGCAGGAGUGUUUUCCGUGCCCGGCCAACAGUGUGGCUGAGGAGGAAGGAUCGGUGGUGUGUGUGUGUGAGGAGGAUCACUUCAGGACCCCCCUGGACAACCCCUCCGCCCCCUGCACCCGCCCCCCCUCUCCUCCCAAAGACUUGGUCUACACCCUCAAGCAGUCCACCAUGAUCCUGGAGUGGAGCGCGCCAACGGACACGGGCGGCAGGGGGGACCUGACCUACAGUGUGGGCUGCCGCCGGUGCGUGGGGCUUCAGUGUGAGCCGUGCGGGGCCAGCGUGGGCUUCAUGCCCCAGCAGAGCGGGUUGACCGAACGCACGGUCACCGUGGUCAACCUCAUGGCCAACUCCAACUACACGUUGACGGUCGAGGCCCUCAAUGGCGUAUCAGAGCUCCUGCCCAACAAGAGGUUCUACACACAGGUCAACGUGUCAACUAGCGUGCCAGCGCCCUCUCUGGUGAGUGAGUUGCGUGCGGAGAAGAUUGAGCAGCGCAGCCUCACCCUGAUGUGGAGGGAGCCUAGCUACCCCAACAGCAGCAGCACCGAGUACGAGAUCAAGUACUACGAAAAGGAACAGAAGGACAAGAGCUACUCAACGGUCAAGACGGCCGCCACCCGCAUCAGCGUCAACAACCUCAAGCCUGGCACCACCUACGUCUUCCUCAUUCGCCCUUUCUCCACCCCGGCCCCCUCCUCCCUCCUCUCCGCCGCAGCGUCCUCCUCUUCCUCCUCCCCCUCUCCCAUCGACUACGGAGGCUACAGCGCUCCCCUGGAGCUGCAGACGCUUGGCGAACUGGCGCUGGCGUCCAGUGAGCAGAACCCAGUAAUCAUCAUCGUGGUGGUGUCUGUGGCCGCCCUCAUCAUGCUGCUCUCUAUGGGAGUGGGCCUGCUCCUCUGGAGAAGUCUCUCGUCCAGCUCCUCCAACAUAGCUCCUACUAGCGUGGUGCUGCUCUCCACCUCCUUCUCCGCUCUUCCUCCUCCUCCUCUUCCUCCUCUUUCUCCCUACACGCAGCUGUCAACCCCCAGACAGUGUAGAUAUAGCAAGGCCAGUCAAGAGGGAGACGAAGAGCUCUACUUCCAAUUUAAGAUCCCGACCCGGAGGACCUACAUAGACCCAGAGACAUGUGAGGACCUGGUGCAGGCUGUCCUCGCCUUUGCCAAAGAGCUCGACAACUCCAGCAUCAAGAUAGAGAGAAUCGUGCACACAGGUGACUUUGGGGAGGUGUGUCGUGGCUGUCUCAAGCUGCCCAGUAAGCGGGAGCUUCCGGUGGCCAUCAAGGCGCUGAGGGCCGGCUGCUCAGAGAAACAGAGGCGCUCCUUCCUCAGCGAGGCAGGGAUACUGGGACAGUUUGACCACUCCAACAUUGUCCGUCUGGAGGGGGUCAUCACCAGCGGUAACACCAUGAUGAUUGUGUUGGAGAGCAUGUCCAACGGGUCCCUGGACUCCUUCCUCAGGAAGCACGAGGGCCAGCUCUCUGUGCUCCAGCUGAUGGACAUGCUGGGGGGCGUGGCCUCUGGGAUGAAGUACCUGACAGAGAUGGGCUUCGUCCACCGCCGCCUAGCCGCCCACAAGGUACUGGUCAACGCCAGCCUGGGCUGCAAGGUGUCCGGCUUCAGACCCCUCCAAGAGGACAAGAUGGAGGCCAUCUACAGCGCAAUGCAUGGGGGGAAGAGUGUGGUGUUGUGGACAGCCCCAGAGGCCAUCCAGUACCACCGCUACAGCUCAGCGUCUGACGUCUGGAGCUUUGGCAUCGUCAUGUGGGAGGUCAUGUCCUACGGAGAAAGACCCUACUGGGACAUGGGCAACCAGGACGUGAUCAAAGCGAUAGAGGAUGGCUUCCGCCUGCCCGCCCCUAUGAACUGUCCACCUCACCUCCACCAGCUGAUGUUGGACUGUUGGCAGAAGGAGAGGACCGAGAGACUCACCUUCAGCCAGAUCCACUCUGCUCUCAGCAAGAGCAUCCGCAGCCCCGACGGCAUCGGCUCCUCCACACUGGCACGCAGAACCCUCCCUCAGCUAGGAACCCUCCCUCUGGGCUCCUCCAUCUCCCUGGCAGAGCGGACUCUUCCGUCGUUCCCCUCGUUUAACUCGGUAGGGGAGUGGUUGGAUGCGGUGGACAUGGGGCGCUACAAGGACAACUUCACCGCGGCAGGAUACUGCUACCUGGAGUCUGUGGCCCGUAUGACAGUCCAAGAUGUGUUGAGUCUAGGCGUCACCUCUCUGGAGCACCAGAAACAGAUCCUGUCUGCCAUCCAGACCCUUAGAGCCCAGGUCAUCCAGAUGCACGGCAGAGGGGUGCAGGUCUGACCGACACACACACACACACAUAGACACAUACACACACGUGCAGACGGACGGACGAGCGGAUGGAUAGAAGGAUUUUCAGAGAGUAGAGACUCGUCGCUCAUCCAUAUGGACGAAAUGAAGUGGAUAGUGAGAUGGGCAGAGAUAUCGCCCACACUGCACCCACCCACUCUUUCCCCUUCUCUCUCCCCCGUCUUGCCCCUCCUCCCUCUCUUAAGUCCUUGGGAAGGAGGCAUCUUCCAGUCAUGUGAUCAACGUACUCUGUCGGAAGUCACAUGACUUCUUUCUGCACGCUGACCCGAAUCAACUAGAUCUCCUCUCUUACAACUGGCCCUGGAUCAGUAGUUAAAUAGACUUAAAACUACCCUGAUGGAGAAGUACUGUCCAUCUCAAAUGUCUGGCACUCUGCCACUGGUCUCAGAACAUGGGGUAAUAACAUUUCGUUGAUGGAGAAGAACAGUCCCCUCAAGUGAUACUCUACUGAACCACUGGUCUCGAAACUGAGGUUAAAACCACCCUGGUUGAGAAGUACUGUUCAUCUAACAGGGCUGGCCCACUACCACUGGUCUCAGAACAGUGGGAUAAGGUACCAAUGAAGGAAGUGCUGUCUGUCGAACAGGGUUGACAUUGUAAAUCUGGUUUCAGUUCAGUGGUUAAAACCCUCCUAUCCCGGUUGCUGAAGUGUGAUCAAGUGACAGGUUCUCACAGUGUGGGCGGAGCCCAGGCCGUGUCUUGUCUUGGCCCGACCAAUCAUGAGGCUGGAAAAAACGUAUCUUCAGGAAAAAACGACCGAUUUAAAAACAACUAAGAAUUUGUGUAAAUCAAAACAAUGGAUUUACGUGUGUUUGAUUGUUCAUUCCUAUUUCGUCUGUUACGCAAUUUAUCCUUUUUCUAGCAUUUUUCCAUUAACUAUCUCUGCUCUCCCUGUGUUUUCUCAGUGUGUGGAAUGGCUAAUGUCCCUUAGCCGGGAUGUCAGUGGUGUGUCAUGUAGCGUCUCGCUAAUAUAUUUCUCCCGUCUAAAAAGCAUUUUCACUACAAGGGUAUAUUGCACUGUUAAGAAUAAAGGUCAAGUCUCAAGCUGACAUACAGUAUAUAUUAUAUGUAUUCAUUUUUAUUUAUGCAUUUACAGUUUACAGACUCUCACACAACCUCCUGACGGGAAGAGGUUACGAGGGUCAAAAUAGACAUACUUGAUUGAAUAAAUAAUAAAUUACAUUUUGUGUUUAAGGAUGCUGCAAAGCACAUGUCCUCUGGUUUCAGUGUAAAUCAUGAAAUAUUGUAAUUUUUUUUUACAGUUCUAGGGAUUCUGUUACUGAAUAAGGGUGUCCUGUACUGAACAAGGUAUUAUGAAGAGGACUUACACUAUAGUAUGUUGACUGUUUUCUUCUCAUAGUCAGGGGUAUUGAAUCAUUUUGAUACUGUUACCAAAUCACCAGUAGUUGAUAUAGGACUUCUACAUUUUGAGUCCAGUAUCGCUGGAUGUAUGGUAUCAAUGUGUUGCAUUAUAGAAACAGUAUUGCAGUAUUUCAGAAUGUCGUAGAGUGAUCUCAUUUAUUUAUUUUAUAUAUAUUUUUUGGGGGGGGACAGCAAUUCAAGCUGACAUAGGACCCACAACCCCCCACUGUGCAUCUACAAGCCCCUCCCAUUUGUCAGUAUUAUGUAUUUUACAAAAACGGUAACAUUUAAUCGUAGUUAACAUGUUUUGGGGAAUUAUUUGAUUUCUAUCAUACUCAUGUAGCUAGCUACACAGUAGACGUUUUAUUGGUUCCGUUUGGUUCGUAGAUGGGUUAUUGUAAUAGUGAGGUAUCUGGUAUGAAAGGACUGCCAGUGUAUGUCCUCCUCUCUUCCCUACAUACUCUAUCUCUUUGUAGCUGUUUUGCCUUAACAUUACUGUAUAUAAACCCAAACUAUACUCCUAGGAUGCGUUUACAAAGGCACAAUUCUGAUAUUCUGCCCAAUUAUUGUAGAAAGAGCUAAUCUGAUUGGUCGAAAGACCAAGAAGUGGAGAAAGAUCAGAAUUGGGCUGCCUGUGUAAACGCAGCCCUAUAGACUCACACACAUGCACAUAUUUAGAAAGUCUCACCACCCCUGUAUACACAGACACCAAAAUAGACCUUUCGCUAGCGACUUAACUCAGUUGUUGUCCCCCCCCUACCCCCUGUUUACUACUCGACGAUUACAAAAUGUUUAAUACUGUAAAUAUGUAUUUGAAAAUGCAAUCUAUUUUUAUAAUUUCUUUGAAGAACAAUGUGUUGAAAAUAUCUGCUCACUGUGUAGGGGUUUUAUUGUUUAAAUGUAGGGCCGUUGCCAAUGAACGUGUGUGUUUGGAAUAUUAAAACAUAUUUUCUUUGUUUAGUUUUUGGAUGAUUUUUACCUGUUAGAAAAACAGAUGGCUGUUGCAAUAUUGAAAUGUGUUAUAAAAAAAAAAAAUCUCCCUUAAGA